AUGCUCAAGAGAGCUUCGCAAUUAUUCUUACCUAGACUCAUUAAUACUCGCCCCAUAUCGACAACGAUAAUCAUGUCCGAAGCUAAGCAAGAACAUCCAAAGCAACAUUCUUCUCACAAAAAAAAGUCUAAACUACAAGUCUCAUUGAAGACUCCAAAGGGGACCAAGGAUUGGGCCGACUCUGAUAUGGUCAUCAGAGAAGCCAUCUUCAACACUCUUUCUUCCCUUUUCAAACGUCAUGGGGGGGUCACCAUCGACACGCCCGUUUUCGAACUACGUGAAAUCCUAGCUGGGAAAUACGGUGAAGAUUCCAAAUUAAUCUAUAAUUUGGAGGAUCAAGGUGGUGAAUUGACCUCGUUACGUUACGAUUUGACCGUGCCAUUUGCUAGAUUCGUCGCCAUGAAUAAUAUUCAAAAUAUUAAAAGAUACCAUAUCGCUAAAGUUUAUAGAAGAGAUCAACCAGCUAUGACCAAGGGGAGAAUGAGAGAAUUCUACCAAUGUGAUUUUGACGUGGCGGGUACUUAUGAAUCCAUGGUCCCUGAUGCGGAAUGUUUAUCCGUCGCUGUGGAAGGUUUGACUGCUCUUGGUAUUAAGGACUUCAAGAUUAAAUUGAAUCAUAGAAAAAUUUUGGACGGGAUCUUCCAAAUUUCUGGUGUUAAGGAUGAAGAUGUGAGAAAGAUUUCAUCUGCAGUUGAUAAAUUGGAUAAAUCUCCAUGGGAUGUCGUUAAGAAGGAAAUUACUGAAGAAAAGGGUCAAUCUGAAGAAACUGCCAAUAAGAUUGGUGAAUACGUCAAGUUGAACGGUUCCUUAAAGGAAGUUCAUGCCAUUUUAUCUCAAGAUGAAAAAAUAACUGGCAAUGACUUGGCCAAACAAGGUUUGGAUGAUAUUGCUACUUUGUUACAAUACACAAGCGCAUUCGGUAUCGAUGAGUACAUCUCCUUUGAUCUAUCAUUAGCAAGAGGUCUUGACUAUUACACCGGUUUAAUUUACGAAGUUGUUACAGCCGCCUCUGCUCCUCCAGAAAAUGCCACUGAAUUGAAAAAGAAGGCCAAGGAUAAAGAUGAAGACGCCUCUGAGUAUGUUGGUGUCGGAUCCAUCGCUGCAGGUGGUCGUUACGAUAAUUUGGUCAACAUGUUUGCUGAAGCAUCAGGGAAGAAAUCUGUGAAGAUUCCAUGUGUUGGUAUUUCCUUCGGUGUGGAAAGACUAUUUUCCAUUAUUAAGCAAAGAACUGAAUUGACUGCUGCAGUUAAACCAACAGCUACUCAAGUUUUCGUUAUGGCAUUUGGUGGUGGUAAAGAUUGGGCCGGUUACUUACCAGAAAGAAUGCAAGUUACUAAGGGAUUAUGGAACGCUGGUAUUGAAGCAGAAUAUGUAUAUAAGGCUAAGGCUAACCCUAGAAAACAAUUUGACGCUGCUGAAAAGGCCGGUUGUCCAUUGGCUGUUAUUCUAGGUAAGGAAGAAUACCUAGAAGGUAAAUUACGUGUAAAGAGAUUAGGUCCAGAAUUUGCUGAUGAUGAUGGUGAACUUAUCGACAAGAAAGAUCUUAUUGAUGUGGUCAAGACUAAGUUAUCAGAAAUUCAUGAGGAUGGUAUUAACGAGGUUGCUCGUUUAUUGAGAGGCUUGUAA